AUGAAACAAAAAUUUAAUCGAUUAUUUGAGUAUGUUUCUUUCUCUUGGGUAAAUCAAUAUAUUAAUAAUAUCAAAGAGUAUGGAACAGUACCCAAUGUAAACGAUAGUACUUUUAACAUUAAUUCAUAUAUACCAUUCUUGGGUAACCUGUAUUUAAGAGAUAAAGAUCUGGAGUUUCAGAAUAAUCUGCUAUUUCAAUACCAAUAUAAAUUAAUUGAAAAUGAAAAAAGUUUUAAAAUUGGUAAAAAACUUAUUGAGAUGUUUUGGAGAGAGUUUAUGUUUUGUGUGGUUCUUAAAGUUUUAACUGUUCUUUUAUCAACACGUCUAAACAUUACCUUGAAAAGUUUCAUGGAAAUAGUUAGCCCAUCAAGUAAAUUGUUACAAUGUUUCAUUUUAUUGAGCUUACAAAUUUUUAAGAUAUUUAUGGACUCUCAUACGAACUUUUUGAUAGCAAAAAUGUCAUUAAAAAUGCAAACAUUUAUAAUUAGAGCAGCAUAUGAAGAUCUAACAAGAAUUCAUUUUACUCUGGCUGAUAAAACAGAGAAUGAGUUAAACAACACUCCAAAUAUCCACAACGUAAUUUUUGGAGAUUUAAAUUCUCUGGAAGCUUUUAUACAAGCAUUUAUUGAGCUCAUUAUAUCCCCUAUUAAAAUUUUAGGGGUUUGGAUAUUACUUAAAAGUCAUAUUGGACUUUCUGCAAACUUAUCCGUAUUAACUUAUAUAUUAUUACACUUUAUGGGUUUGACUCUACAAAUAGUUGGAUCGCUAUACAAAAGAAAUUUUAUGAAGUUAAGAGAUAUAAGGAUCCUUAAAUGUUACGAAUAUUUUUCUUCUUUACCGACAAUUCGCCAACUAUUUUGGGAAGAAAUCGUUUAUGAGGAUUUAAUGUCUGUAAGAAAAUUGGAGGUGAAGGCAAACUUAACAAGGUUUCUAUAUUUAAUGUCUGGGACUUUUUUGGAAUAUAAUGCUCUUUCUAUAGCAAAAUAUAUUUUGUUUUCCUCAUUUAUUUAUAAAUCUUAUACUCAAAUAUCAAAUUCUAAUUCUUAUGAAAUUACAAUUACUUCAAGGAUUUCUACUUUACAUGCUUUGAAUAUGCUCACAAAUCCGACAAGGAAUAUUGCUUCAAGUAUUGUUGAAGGAUUUAUAUCUUUCAAAAGAAUGAUGGACUUUUUUGAAAGAAAUUCUAGUAACACACUAGCUAAUAAAAUGGUUGGGGAAAAUCAGGUUAAUUUAAUUGAAGAGAAACAAUCUAUUUACAAAUUAAAUUUAAAAGGAGGUUAUCAACGCGAUUCAGAGCUCUUUAAUUUUGAAUAUAUGAAUCCAUCUGAUGCUGAGAAUUCUGAGACAAGCUACUUAAUUAAUAUGAAAUGUACUGAUAAUUCAAAAAUAGAAUUGAAUAUUAGUAACUUGAAAUUGAAAAUUAAUGAAUUAUAUAUACUUUCAGGUAAAUCAGGUUCAGGUAAAACACUUUUAAUUAAUCGCAUUUUAGAUGAAUUUUAUUCAAUAGAAGAUCAAAGUAUCAAUAUUUUCCAUUCUUCACAGAAUUUCUGGUUUCCAAAAGGCACGAUUAAAUCUGCAAUAUUAUUUGGAAGAGAAUUUGAUCAAGUUAAUUAUGAAAAAGUAAUCAAAGCAUGCUCGCUUGAUGUAGACAUCAGUAUGUGGAAAGAUGGAGAUUCAAGACAAUUAGAUGAGUCUGAUCAAACUCUUAGCAAUGGGCAAAAAUCAAGAAUUAAUUUAGCUAGAACACUUUAUUACUUACUUUAUACACAAAAAACAAAAAAAAAAGAAAAUAAGACUCUAAUAAUAUUAGAUGAUAUAUUUUCCACAUUAGAUAUUCAAACUUCAAUAGAGAUAUUUGAAAAUCUAUUCAAAGAGAAUGGUGGUUUGAUUUCAAACAUAUCUUGUAUAGUAACAAUUGGUAUUGAAUAUAUUUCAAUGCUGACCUCUAAAGUUCAAUUUCUCAAGGGAAAAUCUGUAAAAGUCAUUAUAAUGGAUAAGGGAUCAAUAUCAUAUAAUGAUUUACUUCAAAACUACUUGGAAGAAUUUUCCUCUUUAAAAAAAGAUGAUUAUAUAGAUUUGAAUAGUGGAUUAAAUUUGAUUAAUGUAUUUAAUCAAUAUGAGAAAAAACAUAAUAUGAUUGAGUCGAAAGAUGAGAUAAUAGUAGAUAAUGAAAUGCUAAUUAAUACGAAAAAUGAAGAAACAUCAACAUUUCAGAUUAUUGAUGAUUGUUUUUAUUCUAAGUAUAUCUACUGUUUUGAAUAUAUUGGAAAGGUGUACUUUUUCAUAUUUUUAUUUAUAUGUAUUUUAAAGAUAGGGAUAACAAAAUCUAUGGAUAUUUAUUUAGCCAACUUCACAUUUACUAAAUCAAGAAAACUAUUCAUUACUUACUAUAAAAUUUUAUUGAUUAUAAAGCUAUUGCUUGAUUGCUUUGCUUUUAUCUCAGAAGCCGUAUUAUCAGCAAAAUCGUCUUCAAAAAUACACGACUAUUACCUUAUUUCAUUGCUAAAAGCUCCAUUAAGUUUUUACUCAUUUACACCCAUUUCCAAGAUUUUAAACAGGUUUAAUUUGGAUUUGCUUGUAUUGGAUGACGUUUUAGUUCGAAAGAUUGUUGGUGUGAUGAUUCGAUUAUUUGAACCAUUUAUACAUUUAAUCUUAGUGUUUUCUACUAAUCUUAUAAUUAUUCCAUUUUCAAUUAUACAUAUAAUAUUAAUCAUAAUUUUAUAUGGAUUUCCUUUGUUUCAUAUUUACAAAGCGACUCAAAUGAUGAUAUUGUCAAUCAGUUCAAAUUUAAAUAAUACUUUUUCUGAAACACUAAUAGGGUGGAGAAUUAUCAGAGACUUUAAAAAUCAUGGUUUAUACAGAGAAAUAUUAUGUAAAAACUUAUUAGGCAUAAUUAAAAUGAGAAUGGUGCAAAUUUCAGUAGUUAAAUGGGCUUCAUUUAGAAUACAGUUAUUUUCUGGACCUUUGGUUAUUUUUUUAUAUUUAUUUUAUAUACUUUUCAGUAUUUUAUUUCAAGGAAAAAAUUCAGAAAGUGUCAAUUUAAUGGCAAUAAAAUUGGCAUAUGUUAUUUAUUUUUAUAUUACCUUCACUGAAACUCUGAAUUUAAUUUUCAUUAAAAUUUCUUCUUUGGAAAAAGAUAUGUGUUCACUAGAAAGGAUGAUGGAAUAUUCGAAUAAUCCGCUUAAUGUAAAUACAAAAUUUGAAGAUUUUAAACUUGAAGAUGCAAUUUUAGAUGAACAAAUUAACAAUUAUGGUAAUCUAAAGCUUAAAUUUAAUAAUGUAGAAUUGUCAUAUCAAGUUUCAGAUUUUACUGGCAAUAAAAAUCAUUUAGCAUUUAAGGCAAUCAAAAAUUUUAAUCUUGAAUUAAGCCCGAAUGAGCACGUCGGAAUUAUUGGUAGAACGGGAUGUGGAAAGUCAACUUUAAUUAAAGGUGUUUUAGGAACAGUUAUUCCUUCUUGCGGCAGUAUAUUAUUUAACGAAGUUGAGAUUUGUAGUUUGUCUAGAAGAAAGAGAAGAGAAAUUAUUGGUAUUGUACCACAAACGCCACUAAAGAUAAAUAAUUGGUCAAUUAGAAAAUACCUGGAUCCAUUUUCUGAGCAUGACCAAGAUAAAAUUUUACAAGUAUUAAAACUUACAGGAUUUUACAAUAUAAUUUCUAAUAAAAUACAAAUUACCAAUAAUCUUGAUUUAGUUGAAAUCUCAGACUCUAAAGACACAAACUGCCUUUUGCUGACAGAUUUCCACUUGAAAUAUUUGAAUUUUAUUAGGUUACUAUUAAAUAAAAAACAUUACAAAAUCAUUUUAUUGGAUGAACCUACAAUAGAACCACAAAUCAAACUGGAAAAUGAAGCUCUGACUUCUUUCUAUGAGUAUCAAAAGCUUGUUCCCAUUGAAAAUCUGAUCAGAGAUUACUUCCAGCAUUGCUGUGUGGUAAUUGUUUCACACAAUAUUGAUGCUUUAAAAUACUGCAAUAGAAUUAUUAAUCUUAAUAACUAUAGAAACAUGUUUGAAGAACAAACAGGGAAUAACUAA